GUUCUUCACCCUGCCAGCCAGUCGCGCUUUGCAUUACUUUGAAGUCGGUUCUUCGUUCGGUUCGUCGGAACGCUCGCCCUGCUCGUGCCUGUUUGAGAGAUGGUUGCCCGGUUUUUGCCGCUACUGCUCCAAGCGGGCGUGCUGCUGCUCGCCCUCACCGGGUGCAUUUGCCGGGCGCAGUCGAAGAACUUCAAGUGCUCGAUUAUAAAUGAAGCCGGAUUUUGCUUCAUCGAGAAUGUGCACCUGGACGUUUCCACCAACGGCAUCGGGGGUGAUUCGAUACAGUUUCCACGCCACCCGACGCUGCUCAUCAAAUCCGGCGCCAUACCGUACUUCGGCAAGGACAUUUUCGCCCUGCUGGGUAACACGAAGCAGCUGCACGUGUACAACCAGACCAGCAUUCGCAAUCUGUUCAUACCGGUGACCAAUCUGACGGAGAUAAACGUUCAGCGGAACGGGUUGCUAGAGUUUGAUGUCGAGCCGGUCGAAAAUCGGGAGCUGAAGAUGCUCUCGAUCGUGCACAAUGGGUUGGUGACGGUGCCGCGAAACAUCCGCUUCCUAGUCGGGCUAGAAAAGCUGUACCUCUACAACAACUCGCUCGAGUACUUUGACCUGGAGCCGCUGGCAAACGCGAGCCACUCGCUGAAAAUUCUCUCCAUCUACGACAACCACAUCAAGACGCUCGAUUCGCGGUCGGCACUGUACUUUCCCAAGCUGCAGACGCUCUCGCUGAGCAAGAACAAGCUGGCGUUUGUGCCGUACUUUGAGGAAUCGUUCCCCGCCGUGACGGUGGUGUCGCUGCGCAAAAACCCCUGGAACUGUGGCUGGCUGCACACGACCAUGCAGUACAUUGAGGCGCGCAAGAUACAGGUCGUGCGGAAGGAUGCGGCCUGUCGCGAUCGGUGGAUCAGUGAGAUCUGCUGCACGUACACGGUGCUGGACUUUAUGUUCGAUCGUGCGGCGGCUCAGAUACGGCGCGAGCAGCAGCUGCUGCGGAAUGUGACGCACGAGAAUCGGCGGCUGGUGGAGACGGUGCAUCAGCUGGCGGAUGACUUGCAUCGGCUGCAGUCGCAGCUCGACCAGCAGCAACAGCCCGCGAGCGAGAAGAGUAUCUCCGAUGCGAGGACUGGUGAUAGUGUGUAGCUGCAUGGCUGUGUUGUGUGUUGAGUGUAUUACGAAUGCAAUAAAGUGGUGCCUCUUGAUAUCAA